CUUAAAUUAUUAUGCUUUUGAAGAAAUUGCCUUAAAGGCCUGUUUAUUCCCUUUUUCUUUUUUAAGUUAUAUGUGCUCCUAUUUGUUACAUAUUUACAGUUAUGUUAGCCAACAAAUCUCAAAAUGCUUGUUGGGUUUGAACUGAGAAUUUCAUAACCCAAUUGCAUUUUGCAAGUGGAUAUUGCUGCCAUCCAAUCAGAUUAGAAGGCAAUUUCUGGGGAACUUUCUUGUUAGUCUUCAAAUUCUUGAUAAAGGGAAAACCAAAAUGAGCCUAAUUACAAUAUUUACAAAUUUAUAACCAAAAGCAAUCAAUUCAAUAAUAUAUAUGCUUUCUUAUAGUUCAAAUUCCACUUUCUGAAGCAUAAUUCCUCAAUAGUAUGUUUAUUUUUGAUUAAUAUGUUGAGCAGCAUGCAAUAAACUAAAUAAAUUUUUCAGUAUUAAGGCUUCAUUUGUUGUUUGGAAAAUAACUUGCCUAUGAAAAAUGUUUUUGAAGAAAAAUAAGAACUUAUUUUCCAUUAUUUAGCUGCAAUGCUGAAAAGUAAAGGAAAAAUAUUUUCUAAUGUUUGGAGCAUGCUGAAAAUUAUUAAUUUUCUUUCAAUUUAUAAUAAUAUAAAAAUGUUCAGAUAAUAAAAUUUUCAAUUUUAUUUUUUUACUUUCUGUUGUGGAAUAUGAGAGAAAAAUUGUAUAAAAUGAUCAACUGUGGCGUCACCACUAAUUUUUAGUGAGUGUCACUAGUUGCUAAUGUCCAAUGGUGGUGCUUGAUGGUCAAGGGUGACCAGUGGUGAUGAUAGAGUAAUGAGUAUGUGUUUAUAUAUUUUUAAGUUUCUUUAUAUUUUAAUAGCUUUGUCAAAGUCUUUGAUUAGGAAAAUAUUUUCUGUUGACUAAUUUUCUUAAGGACCCAAAGUGCUAGAAAAUAUGAAAAAUAUUUUCCUGGAAAAUAGCUUCCGUGAAACAAACGAUGUUUAAGACUAUUCAUAUUAUUUCUAGGAAAUUGUCUCAUUGAUUUUGCUCUUCUAGCUUCAACUCUGCCUUCUUUCUACCAUCACCUUAAUUUCCACGAUAUUUAAUAAGCAUAGAAGUGAAAAAAAAAAGAUCUAAAAGUUUGACAUUUUAUUGAUCAUGUUAACAGGUAAUAGUGAUAUGUAAAUGCCUUUAGCCAACUUCUUAUGACAUUAGUAUUUUAUUGGAAAAUAAGUUAGUUUUCAUUCCUUCCCUCUUUAUAUUUUCAUUAGAUUUUAUUCUUUUUGCCAUAUGUUUUUAUAUUUGUUUAUGUUAUUGUUGAUUCAGACCUGGUGUCUAACAAAACUGAAUGGCGAAAAAUGAUCCACAUAAUCAACUCCAACUAGUUUGGGAUAAACGUUUAGUUGUUAUGUUAUUGUUGAUUCAACCUAAAAUAUGGCACCAAACAUCUCUUUUGAUGAAACAUGUAUAGAUAUGGAUAAAAACAAUUAGUUUUUAAAGAAAAUUUUCCCUAUAAUUAAGGAUUGCUUAACUUGGAUUAUUUUGUAAUUAUAUAAUUCUUUUUAGAAAUUGGAAUCCAUAAGGAAUUUGAGAAUUCUUUUAAUGAUAUAAAUUAUUGUUAUACUAAAAAAUAGGAUUAGGGGUGGUAAUUCAAGUUGACGGAUUGUGUUCGUGUUGUGUCAAUACAUAAUGGGAAUAAUAUUAGGAUCGACACAAACAUAAUACAAUUUAAUGAACCGUGUCAAGAAUUUAAACAUAAGCACAUCCCUUUUAUUGUAUGGGUUAUAUGAUAUAACACACAUAAUAUAAUUAAUAUUAAAUCGUGUCUGGUUAAUUUGACAUGACUCGAUCGAUUUAAUAUGCUUAGACACAAUUCAAUUCAUUUAACAUGUUGCACAACUUAACUUAACUUGUUUGACACGUUUUGAUAUGAUUCAACACUUUUAAUUUUCAUAAAAUAAUAUAUAAUAUGAAAUUUACACAUUAAUUUUAGCCAUGAAAUUUACAUUCUGCCAUUUUGGGUAUCAAUUUUUUUAUGACACUUGCAAUUUAAAAGAAUUUACUAAUUUAUGACACUUGCAAUUUAUUACUUUUUUGACAUUUUUAGUUUAUGACCCUUGCAACGCAUGACAAUUUUUGAAUGAAAUUAAAUGUUUAACAUCCUUAUAUUAAUUAGGCUUAUAUUUACUAACUUAUCAUUUUCUAAUAAUAACAUUUGCAGGUUAGUGGGUUGCAAGUCAACUUGUCCUGAACAUGUCGAAUUGGGUUAAUGGGUCAACUUGUAACAUGAAUCGAUUAUUGACAUGUUUUUGACACAAACACAAAUAAGUUUGUUAUAGAAGUCUUCUUAAUGAGGAAGUUUACCCCAAUUAUGAGAUUGACUCCUAUAGGAUAGGAUUCUUAAUCCUUGUAGAAUUAGAGUUCUAAUCCAUUUAGAAUAGGAGAAUAUUGUGUAUAUAUAUAUAUAUAUAUAUCUGUGUAUUAACAUCUUAGUGAAAUAAAAAAAUACCUAAAUUACAUGGUAUCAGAGCCUUAGGUCCCUAGUUUCGAAGUUUUUUUUUUCCCCGUUGAAAAUUUUCUCCCGUUCCCUGUUCUAGGUCAUCGGCUCACUAUAAACUAGGAGGACUUCCUAGGACUAUCAAAAUACCUCACAGCCAGUCUCAGAUGGAGGCCCAGGUACUGAUCGGCCGUCCCUCAAAGUCCGGUGAUGGGAUGUGAAGCGAGUGGCCUCCAUGCGCCACUUUUGUGUUUCGGCCAUUGUUCCACGCGCCGGCGCGUGUCCGCCGGUGUGAUGUUUUUCGGCGAUUCCUGACGGCCGGCGAUUCUUCCCCAACGUCGCCCCAACGAGUUGAUCCCAUCCCUGCAGCCCGUGUUUGGAUUUGGCGCUGCGUUGUUGCCAGUGUUUGAAGAAUCGCUUCUCUCGGGUCAUUGGAUCUGCUAGUGUUCAAUAGCUCGGGCUAUUUGUGGACUUUAAGGUGCAAUAGCUGAGGGUGAGACCAAGUCUAUAAUCAUUGAUGUAGUCCCAGUGAUGACUAAAAUCACUGAAAACAAACUUAAUGGGUUAAACUACUUGGAGUGGAGCAAAACUGUUCGGAUUUAUUUACAGAGCAUUGAUAAAGAUGAUCAUCUCACGAAAGAUUCACCGAAUGAUGAUACUAAGCAAACUUGGUUAAGAGAAGAUCCUCGUUUGUUUUUAUAACUUCGGAAUUCAAUUCAUAGUGAGAUAAUGAGCCUUAUUAAUCAUUGUGAGUAUGUUAAAGAAUUGAUGGAGUACUUAGAAUUUUUAUACUCUGGCAAAGGCAAUAUUUCUCGCAUAUAUGAUGUUUGCAAAGCAUUUUAUCGACCUGAGAAACAAAACAAAACUCUUACAGCAUAUUUUAUGGAAUUCAAAUGUGUUUAUGAAGAACUUAAUAUUCUGUUACCAUUCAGUCAUGAUGUAAAGGUGCAACAAGCUCAACUUGAGCAAAUGGCUGUUAUGAGUUUUCUUGCUGGUUUACCCUCAGAAUAUGAAACUGUUAAAUCUCAGAUUCUCUCUAGUUCUGAGAUUUUCUCCCUUCAUGACACGUUUACACGUGUCCUUCGUAUAGAAAGUACUUAUUCUCCGCAACCUACUAACGGUGCUCUUAUUAGUAGAAAUAUAAGUGGACAACAGGGAUAUAGAGGAGGGAUUACUAACCACAGAAACAAUCAACGCAAUGUGGAGGCUAGUUCUAAUCAGAACUCAGGAGGAAUCAUUUGUUAUUAUUGCCAUGAGCCUGGACACACAAAACGCAACUGCUUAAAACUUCAGAGGAAAAAUCAGCAAUCCCAGGUGGCAAAUAUGGUAACAGAAAAUUCUACAGUGUCUUCCUCUUUAGAGAAAACUGUCUCAGUUUCUGUAGAAGAAUUUGCACAAUUCUCCCAGUAUCAGGCAUCUCUAAAGCCUACCAACUCCUCAAUCACUGCUAUCGCUGAGUCAAAUAAAUCCACUACAUGCCUUGUAUCCUCCUCAUCCAAAUGGAUCAUUGAUUCUGGUGCUACAGAUCAUAUGACAGGAUCUUACGACGAAGAAGAUUAUUAGUAAAGGGCAUGAGUCAGGAGGUCUCUACAUCCUUGAUAAAUGUGAACUGCGAUCUAUUGCUUGCUCUAGUACUUUAACUCCUCUUGAAGUUCAUCAUAGAUUGGGCCAUUCUUUUUUAUCCACCUUG